AUGGAAGAAAAAAUUAAACGAUACGAAAAUAAGAUUCACGCCUUGAAAACGGUGAAGGCCCAGUCAUCUAAGAAGUUGAAUUGUCAAUGUAUUACGUGUUAUCUGAAUGAACGGAUGGCGAAAAAGCUGACACUGUCGUACUGUAUACUACAAUAUGUCACUGCCCAAGACGAUGAUAUAUUUGAUGUUGAUGAAAUCGUAGAAGAUACACAGGCUAGAGACGGGGGUGGGGCUCGCCCUGUGGGGAGGGAGAAUGCAGAGAUUCUACCCAAUGUAGAGAGUUUCAACAGGGUUGAUGCCCAUUUACGUUUAGAAGAAAAAAUCCAGCUCCACCAUCUUCAGAUGUUGUCCGAAUUUUACGCAAACUUUGAGCCGCCGCCUAUCGAAAUUCCCAGUGACUCCAUCUAUGCACCGUCCAGGUACCAAGAACGAGACCCGGAAAGUUUGAACCUGGACGAGUUCAAAGAUAUUAUUGGAAAGGUACUCGGGACCAAUGAGUACACAGAGCAAUUAGAGAAACUGUUUGUUAAGUUAGAUACAUCGUGCGAUGGAUAUGUUGACUGGGAUGAGUUUUGUACAUAUAUGUUACUGCAAUAUAGAGAGAAUGACUACAUGCGGCACAAAAGACAGCUUCCUUUUACUCAGGAACCACGCAUAAGACACAUUGUGCAAAACAGACAAGAAGUCACGACAAAAAUAGUUGCAAUGGAGUGUCAAGGUUGGAAGUAUGUGACUAUCAGUAAAGAGGGCGCUAUUACAGUAUUUGAUCAAAAUCUACAUAUAGAUGGCGCUACUGUUAUGAAACAAGAUGACGUCGACCCAUCAGGACAAAAACGACGCUUCAAAAUGUGGAUUACGGAUGCUGUAUAUAUGCCAAACUGCCAUAAAAUCGCAAUAUCCUCCACUGGGAGGGACAUUAGAUUCUUUGACGCAUCUACCAGCCAGAUUUUUGAAGAAUUUAAUUUGUACGGCUUGAAUGAUGUACCCCAUUGCCUUGACUACCACUGUGAUAUGAAGAAUCCAGAGGCCGAGGCACUUCUUCUGUUUGGCAAUGACUGUGGUGCAAUAAAUCUCAUUUACUUUACUAACCCAAUGGCGCAGUUGUUUGGGGGAACACAUAAGAAGGAACAUGGCGUUUCAAUGAUUUACAUGAAGGAUGUGAUGAAACAGAAUAAAUGGACAAGAAUCAGUGUGAUCAAUGACGUCCACCCUGGUGACAUUAUACGUAAAAUAGAAUACCUUCCACAUACGCAUAACAUCAUAUCCUCAAGUGGCAGCUCAAAGAACUCUCUUGUCAUCAUGGACAUCAACAGGAACAAGAAAUCAUACGUCUUCCAGAUUGGAAAGGGUUGUGAUUGUUUCGACUACAACAGGACUCUCAGCCUACUAGUGACGGGAAGUUCAGAUUAUAUAGUACGCCUGUGGAAUCCAUUUGUUCCUGCCAAGCCAAUAGCUCUUCUUCGAGGGCACACUACAGGGGUCAUAGGGGUCAAAAUACAUGAAAGUCUGGAGCAGAUAUUUAGCUACUCAAAGGAAUCUUGUGUAAAAGUCUGGGAUAUAAAGGAACACACAUGUCUACAGACAGUCCAGAUAAAGUUUCCAUCCAGCAUAUUUGGCCGUAUCCCAGAGCAUGGGUCAAACCCACUUCACCUCCAGGGUGGAGCUCAUAAUGCACUUGUGGCAUGUUCUAGUGACUAUAUUAGUUUACUGAAAUGUGGUGUUGGGAAAACACAUAAAGAAAUUCUCCCAUCAACCCAUAACACACAGCUCUGUUGUGCCAUCUAUAAUGAAUUUUAUAAACAAGUGGUGACAGGAGCAGACGAUUCUACAGUUUGCGUCUGGGAUAUCGACUCUGGUGCAAAAUGCUUGAUGUGGACUGGUGCCCACGGCAAUGAAGAAAUCACAACUAUGAUAUUUGAUCGCACUUGGAGACGACUUUUCACUGGAGCAAGAAACGGAACAAUGAAGGUGUGGAACUUCCAAAAUGGCCAUAACAUUAACAAGGCUGAACCCGUAAGUGAUACUGAGAUUACAGGGUUGGUUCAUGUUGUAGAAGGAGGAAAGAAUAUCAUCGCUGUUGGCUGGAGUCGCCUUAUUACCAUAUAUGACGACUCUAAUCCAGAUAAUGCUAUUUUCAAGGCAGACAAUCACUGGAAGGGAGGUCAGCUCCAUCAGGAUGAUAUUUUAGCUAUAGAUUACUGUAGUCCUAAUCUCCUAGCCACUGGUAGUUUUGAUGGUGAGAUUCUGGUCUGGACCUUAGACACUGAAAAGCUCAUCAUACGACUCAAAAAAGGUUCUCCUACAGCAGCUACUAAGAAACCAAUAGGUGGCGUUGCUUCCUCCACGACAUCCAGUGCUAGUUCCAAAUCUUCCCGACCUAAUUCACGUCACAGAAAGCGUCACAAACUACAAAAAGGACAACCGGCCCCUGUAGACAAGCUGCUAUUCCUAGCAGGAAGGGCAUCUAGCAAGCGUGUGGAGAGUGCCACUCUGAUCUCAAGUGAGGCAGGGACACUCUUUUGGUGGUGUAUAUUUGGACAGAAGCAUGAAUUAGGAAGUUUCUAUGCACCGGAAUUAGCUGAUGAGUCUGUGUUAGCUUUAAGCACAAAUCCGAGCAACAGUAUUCUCCUGACAGGGGAUACAACUGGGAAUCUCGCUGUCUGGAAUAUUUUAGAAUACUGUGUACAACCAGAAAGAAAGCGUGUAAAGACAGCCCCUCCCCUUGAAACCUCAUGGCGGGGACACGAUGGUGCAGUUGCCAGUGUGGAGUUCAUAUCACACGCCAAGGGGAAAUUCAUCCUAAGCUCUUCCACAGACAAGACUGCUAAAUUAUGGGAUAUUCAGGGACACCAUAUUGGAACAUUUGGACAGAGUGAACUGUGGGACCUGAAAAAUCCAAAAACCUGGGAGUACCAUAAGGCAAUAGAAGCAGAGGCCAAUGAUAUGUUAGGAAAAGUCAGUAAGCUUGACGUUGAGGGAGGUGAGGAUGGCAGAAUGAGCGAGAUUCCCACGUUGGAACGCGGGGAAACCCUGACAGAUGAUGGGACUUGGCUAGCAUCAGCAGCCAACAAUCAAACAGGGACAAGGAAAGGAUCAAGUGAAGUUAUCAUCACUGGCACAGACAAAGGAGGACAAAAUAUCCCACCAGACACUUCCAAGAAGGAGGACACUACAUUGACCCAGAGGCCUCAGACUUUCCCUUUCAAGACAAACAAAUCCACAUUGACAGCUGCAAGCAACUCGUCAAGACUCAUAGAGUCAGCAGGCCUUGGGGUGAAGAUGGAAAGAGAACUAAUACGGAGGCAAGCAGAUCGUCAAGAGAGACGAGAACAUUUUGGUGAAAACAAAAUCGACCCAAAUGAGAUCCAAAAAUUUGAGCAUGUAUGCUCACCAUAUCAAGCACUUGUUAUGCCUGAAUUAAAAGAUUUCGAGAUCCCAACAAAUCUUCCAGUAUCCACCAGAAUGCACAGUAAAGGCUACCACCUGGGGCUGAAUAAUGAAACCAUCAAAAAUAUGAAUUUAUCAUACAUGCCCGAUUCAAUCAACACACCAGAGGGCGCCACUGACACUGAAUCUGUGACGAAAUCAACUGAGAAACUGAAUGAAUUUCCAGCGAUACAUAAAAAGAAAAGUGUCAAUCACUCUAACUUGAACUCCACGACUGGUUCGAUGAAUGAUCGUGAGUCUCCUGCACGAUUGGCCUUCCCUGAGUUGUACACUAAAAAGUAGUCUAUAUUAGUAUAUGUACGGUCUGAGUGCAGAUGUUGCGUUCUGUGUAUGGGAUGUGCACACGCUCAUAUUUUAUGUUCCUUUGACUGGCUAAUAGAAUGGUUUUGCACAUUAUUUUUAGCUCAAUAUCUAAAAUCUGUAACGCAUUCA